AUGCCUAAAGUAAAAGCCUGCACAAGCAAAAAACUGGACAGUUUUGUGAAAGAAUUUGGGUCGGAUGUGUUUUCUACUGAUGGGAGCAUUCUGUUUUGUAAGGCAUGCGAGAAGUCAGUGUUGGUAAAAGAAGCAGCAUGGCUAGGUCUUUAUCAAAAGAACAAAUGUGGAGGAGUCCUUGUAUCAAGCAAGUACGCAAUUACAGCAGGACACUGCCAGCCAGGAAGAUUUCUAUCUUCACUGGUAGUGAUUUUGGGAGAGCAUGAUUUAUUGACUGACCACGAGAGGCUGAAACCUGAAAUGAGACGGGUCAAGAGGAUGAUUGUCCACAGACAUUACAACCCUCAAAAUUUUGACAAUGACAUUGCUCUAUUGGAAUUGGAUCCUCCCGUCGUUUUUCGUCCACAUAUAUCACCCAUCUGUCUGCCCAGCACUGAUGAAGAUUUUGAAGGGAAGACAGCUUUUGUCACUGGUUGGGGUAAAACAUCUCAUGGUGGAAUUAUUCCGAAUUUGUUGCAAGAGGUUCAGGUGCCAAUCAUGAGUAACUUACAAUGUGUAGAUAUGUUUAAAGAUGCGGGACAUAACAAACUGAUAAAGGAUUCUUUCUUAUGUGCAGGUUACAAAACAGGCGGAAAAGAUUCAUGUGAAGGUGACUCUGGAGGACCACUCAUGGUGGAAAGGGAAAGUGGUCAAUGGGUAUUAGCAGGUACUGUAUCCCAUGGUAUCCGAUGUGCUGAUCCGAAUUUGCCUGGUGUCUACAUGAGAAUAUCCUCUUACAGACCAUGGAUUGACAAAAUCAUGAAAUCUUGAUCCGGAUCAAUAGCUUAAUGUAAACCUGGGGAAAUGAACUCUUACAAAUGAAUACUCAUUGAGUAUAUGGUUGAUCUUUUUCAAAUGUUAAUAAAAAUAUUUUUCAUAAUAUAA